AUGUCCAUCGUCACCCAGGCCGUCGACAGCACCGCGCCCACCCUCUCCGAGGAAUAUGUGCAGGAAUGCUUCCAUUCGUAUCUCAAGUCAUCUUUGAUGCACGCCAAGGCGGAAGGUUUGUUGGAUGAGGAGACGCUCUCGAGCGCAGAGGCCGAUCUCAUGAUUACGGGGCCUGCACUGUGCCUGUACUUUGCUGCCCUGAGAUCUACCACAAACCCUCCGUCUGUCCCCCUUCCCCGCCGUCAAAAGCACGGAACGUCCGGGCCACCCACUGACCUCUCCCUCAACAACUGCCCUCCCACCUUCCGUCAAUUCCUCAUCGUAUGGUCGCAAGUCGUACCCUCAAUCCAAGCACUCAUCCCCAGCCACCAGCAUGACCUCGCUCGGGUCAUCUGCGGCUUCGAGCCAGUUUCCUCUCCACUCAACCCCCGCCUGAAUGGCAUAGCCGCAGAUCUUCGCGCGGUGGCCAUUGAAAUCAGCAUGCGUCGGACUUUCCAGGAGAGAUACGCGGUCGAUCUUCAAAGCGCAUUGGACAGCGGUGCUCCGCGUACUCCAGGCAGCGGGAAAAAGGCGAGCUUCGUUCCUCCACCGAGCUACGAAGACGCCUCCCCACAAUCAAGUGCGCCCCCAUCCCCCCGACCCAACACCUCCACCCUCGCCCCCCACUCUCCCCGUUCGAGUGUCCCACCAUCACCCCAACCACACUUCCUGUCGCCCAACUCUCCCCCCGCGCGCCUCACCGUCCUCCCCUCCUCCCGCACCCACUCCCGCACGCCUUCCGCAUCGAGCGUCAGCAGCCUCGGCUCCACGCACUCGCGCGACUCCGAGCCCUUCUCGCCCACCAUCCUCGCCGACGCGCCUGGGAUCGAGUUCAUCCGGGAGACGCUCUACGCCGCGCUCGCAGACGUGCUCGAGCGCAAGCCGCACAUCCGUGCGUUGCUCGCCCGCGACCCGACCCGCGCGUACUUCGCCGCCGUCGCGCUCGCUAUCACCGACGUCGCCUCGUCGUCCGCGACGCGCGCGGACCCCACGCAGAAGGUCCUCGAGGACAUGCUCGCGCCCGGCGCGCCCCGCCACGGCGACGAGCCCAUCCUCCGCGGCGUGCUCGGCCAGAUGCUCGCGCUCAGCGACUGCCCAGCGCCUCUGCGGCCGUUCAUGGCGGAGCUGUGCGCUCUCGGCACGGAGCUGCACGCGAUGGAGGAGCGGGACAGUGAGGCGACGGUGGAGGCGCUCUCGGCGGGCGAGGCGCCUCCCGCGCCGCGGCUCGAGCGCGUGUACGAGAUCCUGGAGCGCGGGAUCGGGUACGCGCACCGUGAGGAGGACGUUGGGCGGAGGUCGCAGGACGGGUCGGAGCAGAUGCGGCGGCGGAGGGGGAGCACGGAGGGCCGGGCGGUCGCGUUUGCGAACCGGAUCAAUGCGCUCGCCCUGGGGAUGACGAAGCUACAGGCGUUCAAGCAGCGGCAGGACAUGGUGUUCAAGGUGCUGGCGGGGGUAGGGUCGUAA